AUGGCGCCGCCUGGCGCCGGGCCCGUGGGGAACCUGCGGGAUUGGGAGCCGUUGCAGUCGCUGGCCGAGGAGUUCCGCUACAACGCGGGGAUCGUGGGCAAGGUGAGCCAGCUGGAGCAGAGGGGGUACGGCGGCUGGCGGCGCGUCCGCGGGGACGGGAACUGCUUCUACCGGGCGGUCGGCUUCGGCCUGCUCGAGCUCAUCGUGACGACCGACAGCCCGAGGCGGGCCGACUGGGCGGCGGCGCUGCUGCAGAAGCUGGCGGCCCUGCGCCUGCAGGACGCCGGCGAGAGGGCGGCCCACGCGGCCCUGCUGGCGUGCGUGCGCGGCCUGUUCGCGGCCGUGGGGCUGCUGCGGCAGGGGCAGCGCGAGCCCCGCGACCUCCUGGUGGACUCCGCCGCGGAGGACCUGCUCCGCGUGAUGAGCAACCCCGAUCGCUCGGAGGACCUGGCGCUGGUCCGCGCUCUGAGGGUGCUGGUGGCCCAGUACAUCACGGAGCACGCCCACGACGACAGCCUGAACGGCGGCAUAUCGUUCCAGCUCAUCGCGGAGAGCCUCGGGUAUGCCGGCGCGGAGGGCUUCUGUUCCGCGGUGGUGUUGGCGUCGGGAGUCGAGGCGGAGGACAUGAUUUUGCCAGCGGUGCCUGGGGCCUUGGGCGUGGGAUUGUGCGUGGCACUCCUCCACAGGUCUAGCGGGAGCGAUCUGAUUUUUUGUAACUACGGCUUGGACGCUGAGGACGAGAGCGCCAGGCCGGUGGUUCACUUGCAGCUGAGGCCGGGGCAUUACGACCUGCUCUACCCGGCCGCGUGGAUGCCUGCAUCCAGCAGCGGGGCCUUUGCCCAACCGCCCCCAGCGCAGCAGGAGAAGGCGCGCAGCACGUGGGAGCCGCCAGCGAGGGGCGCCACGCUCCCUCACCCACGAGGGCACAACGGGCGCGGUGAGGGCCGACCAUCUCCCUCGCAGAGGAGCGGAUCGUGGACGCUUCCGGCCACUUCGGCCUCGCUGCCAGUCGCAGGGGGGGCGCCGUCCGCGUCUCAAGUCUCUUUGGGUCCCCCAGCGACGUGCUCGGAUUUGAGGUCCCCGGUCAUGUCCGCCGCGCCAAGGCCCCCAGCCACGUCCAUUGAGCUGCGGCCACUGACCGCGUCCGCGGAGCUGAGGCCCCCAGCGACGUCCGCGGAGCUGAGGCCCCCAGCAACGGAGCUGAGGCGCCCAGCAGCUUCCUCUUCGUUGAGGCCCCCAGCCACGUCCGCGGAGCUGAGGCCCGCGGCCGCGUCCUCUGCGUUGAGGCCCCCGGCGACGUCCGCGGAGCUGAGGCCCCCAGCCACGCCCGCCGCGCCGAGGCGGGAGGCACUGCCAGCGGCCCCCCGCGAGGCCGCCGCGCAGCCCUACCCCGCGCCGAGGGGCCGCGAGGCAGCCCCGCCCGUGCCGCCGCUGCCGGUGCGGAGGACCGCCGUGGACCUGGCGGGCCUCUCUGGCCGCGCGCCCGGCGGGCCUCCGCUGCCGGCGCGGGGGGCCCCCGCCGACCCCGCGGCGCUGGCCAAGCCGCUGCCGCAGCGGAGGCUCCAGGAGAGGCCCUCGGUCGGCUCCAGUGGCGGAGCGCCGGCUGCGCCCCCUCCGCGGCUGGCGGAUGCGUCGCGCCCGGCCGCCCCAGGCGACGAGCGGGUCGCCAGGGCGCUCGCCGACGCUAUUCAGGGUCGCCAGGGCAGGGCGCUCGCCGACGCCAUUUAG